UGGGUUUUCCAGGGUCUCAGGUUAUCAGUUUCUCGGGCUUACAACGCUUCACGUUUCCAGCAUCAUAGUUUGUCAGUAUUUCUGGUUUCCUGGGCUCCAAUUUUCUAGUGCCCCAGGAUACCAUGGUUUCUCGUUUUGAGUUAUCUGUGGUUUGAAGAAAUUCUGGUUUGUAGUGACGUUGGUUUUCGUGGUCUGCUUCCAGGGUCUCAUUCUACUAGCCCUGGUGUUCUGUUGCGUUAUGUCUGUCCAUUUACAUCUUCCUCGUGUCUGCUUGGAAGUGCGAAAACAGGAUUAAAUUAAAAAGUUGUUGGUGGGAGGGUCUCGUUAUCAAAUUGGCAGGUUAUUCCUGAAAAAAUAAAUCCUGGCUGAUUCCAGUUAUUGGGUGAUUCCGAAGAGUCUGUUCCAUUGUCAUUGUAUUUUGGCGGACUUGUUCUGGAAAAAAUUAUGCCAGAAUCUUUGUCCUUUGCAAUUUCAAAUACUCUUGACUCUCAAAAUAUCUUUGCUUCCGUAACUGCUAGAGAGUCUCCAAAACUAACGUUAUUUGUGUUCCAUGAGAUAGCGCUAAAUUAGUCGUAUUAGUUAUGGCUGCCGAUGAAGUAGAAUUUUGAGUGAUAUACCGCUUCUGUAGUGAAAUUACUGGCGUUGGAAUUCAAAAUGGGUAAUAGACAGCCCUAUACUAACAGCCCUUGUGAAAAUUUCCAUCAGAUUCCAUCUGAGAAUGUGUAGCAAACUUCUGGGAAUUUUAUAUUAAGAUUUAUAAUUUAAAUACAAUUUUGGGUUUUCGUUCUCAACGCUUUUCUUGUACUGUGGUUAAUAACAUAACAUAUUAUGAACAGAUUGUUCAAACAGCUAACCCUAUCUUCUAGUAAGUACCAGUCUUUACAGUUGUCAUUUUCAGUACGGCAAAAUCCGUCACAAUGAUGAAUGAAUUUCUACCUAAGAAAACCAGAAUUAUUAUUAGAAUACAACAAAUUCAGCCUAAUAACACAUUACAGCAUUUACAAUGAAUUUAUGAGAGAGAAAUUCCAUUAAAUCACAGAGAGGAAGGAAGCCGUCUACAAUGGCUACAGUUCAACAACAAACUACCCAGCUUGAAUUUCAUCAAGCUAUGGCAGACUUCAAGACAAUGUUUCCUGACAUGGAUGAUGAAGUGAUAGAGGCUGUGUUACGAGCAAAUCAAGGUGCAGUGGAUGCAACCAUUGACCAGUUACUGGCAAUGACUACAGAUAAUGAAAAUGAGAAAUUGCGUAAUGAGAUGGAACAGAAGGAAACAUUAACUGUAAUACCACCUGUCGGUGCUAGCGCAGAAACAAAGUCACAAGAAACUUCACCAUCCAGAAGUCCACAUCGAUCUCCACAAAUCCAAAAUCCAGAGGUAGCGAUGAGAACAGUCCGAGGAUGGGCACCUCCACUUCUAGGCCCAUUACCGGAUGACUUCUUGAGACUAGCGCCGUCUCCAUGGGGAGUUACUCAAAAGAAGCAGGCCAUGGUGAUAAACCAGCAGCUGUUGCAGCAGAAGUAUGCAGAAAAUCAGCGUGUGCGAGGUGUUCUAUGUGAAGUUGGUGAUCCUGAGCUGGAUCGAUACCUCGAGGAUGAGAGGAUUGCUCUGUUUCUUCAGAACGAAGAGUUCAUGGCAGAGCUGCGGUGGAAUAAAGAUUUUCUCUCAACACUGGAGAAAGAUCAAGCAGAAGAAAGUCCACCUGAAGAGACUCUAGCCUCAUUUCCACUCAGUAAAACAUUAUCUGGCAGCCACGAUGAGGAUGCACUGUUUAAGGAACGCCUUCGUAACAUGGGCAAAAUGUCUCGUAAAAAAUUUGCCCAGCUAGCCCGUGUGUUUACAAGACGUAAGAAAAGGAGCUCUGCUAAGAAUAUUUUGAGCCAAGGGCCAGCACCGUCUCGAGAUAACCUACUGCUCAAUGCCGAGCCAUUGUUAGAUGAUGAUGAUGACGAAGAUGACAAUGUUCCCGACAGUUAUGACACCGUGCGAAGACCUGAACACCGUGAAUAAAAAGUCCAUGCAGUGUGGCUGUUUCUUCGUAAUUACUUCAGAGUGAACUUACGUUACUUCUUUGCAUAAUGUUUUGGACGGUCUGAAUAUACACAUGUAUAUACAUCAUAAAUAAAAUAAUUUAUUGAAGGAAGUUGCAUUCAGGGAGUAGCUGACAAGAUCGACUGUCAUUUGUAUUCUUCAGGCAUCUCAUGUUGCCAGACUUUCAAGAACGAGAAUGAAGUACGCUUAGUUCAAUCACCAGAAUACCUAUAGAUUGGUUAUGUAUGUUGCUGUGUUUCGUUAGCCUGAAAAGUAGUGUUUUGGUAAGUGCCAACAUCUGUAUCUCUUGCUUCCCCAUAUUUUUAUACUUGAGUAUGAUUAUUUUAUUGUGUUUCCUUGAAUUACACAGUGUGAUGUGUACGUAAUUUGUUGUUUCUGUACUGGUGAUAUUUUCAGUCUGAAUGUGGAAUCAAGAUCUGAAUUAUCAUUAGAAUUUUUUGCCUUUAUGGCAAUUGGGAACCUUUUGUCACCAACUCUUUGAUGAUUUUAAUCUACAAAAUGCCUCGAGUCUUUUGUAUGUGACACAGAUGGUAGCAACAUGACUUUCAGAUAUAAUUUUCGUGUCCUGUUAAAUCAGGAUGUUUGUAAUAUUUAGGCAGGUCCAAUAAGGCUGUGUUCCAUGUGUCAGGGAUCAGAGUACAUGGCUGUUACAUCUUUUCUGGUGUAGUAAAUUAUUGUCAAAAUAAGGCUGAAAGUAUACCACUUUUACAAAGAGUUGGUAACAACUUUGAUAUAUAAAUUAACAUCUUGAUAUAGGAUUUGAAGUUUUCAUGGAGGUAUGAGUUUAGGUUUUGGUUUUCUUGGGUUGUUUCAUCGUGUAGUCUUGUGGUUGUAUACCAACAUUUUGGAGGAAAAUGCUGUGUCUCAAAUGUCAGUAUACAACCAUAAAACCAUACAGCAUAACAACCCAGAAUACCACACUCUUAACACCCCGAUAUCUAUCAUACAUAUUUCAUAUUGUAAACGUGAAAGGACUGAUUUCUACAAAUUUCCUGAACUAAUAAAUGCAAGCUGUUAGACCAGCAUAAUAGUUUUUAAACGGCUUGCUACGUUUGUCUAAUGCGUAUUCUGAUUACUUGCAUAUGGGACGUGGCAUAUUAUUUUGGUCGUACAAACACCAGAAGCAUACACUUUGUUUAGUCUCUGCAUCUCAGAAUCCUGUACUUAGAAACUUGACAACUCAGUAUCAAAGAUGAGAUUAACCUUAACAACACUAGUGAAGUUAGACGUGAACUAUAUACUUCUUUCUACUUUUGUGUCUGACGUAGCUGAGUGGGCAGUAAAGACCACAUUGAGUCCAUUAUGUUCAUGCUGUGAAUAAUCAUAACUUAUUUGAAAUUGAUUCUGUAUGCGGAACAUAUUUGUAUUGAAAGAAAACGCUUAUUCUUGAGAGGUUUGUGAAUCUGUUUCAAAAUACAGAUUUCAGAUGAAUCUGUGGUGUCAUCUGUAUGCUAGCUGUUCAUCCAACACUUAAAAUAGGAUAAUACUGAUGAGAUCCAGUUAUAUCAUUUAGCAGUUUUGUUUGAUCACGGUGCAUGCUCUUACCAUGCAGAUGAUUUUGCCAAAGUUGUAGUCUGUGUUCAUUUUGUAUCCAUUUGCAACAAAAUUAGCGAUACACGUGAAGGGCUGGAUGAAAUAUUAAAAAUUACUCUCCAUUAUGAUAUUAGAAUAUUUUCACACUUCCUUUGUGAAUUUUCUAGAGAAAGAAAUAGAAAAUAUAAUUGAUGAGGAAGGCAGUGAUCUUUGCUUGUCGUUACUCGUUACAAAAGUAGGUAUUGUUUAUAUGAAGUAAACUUUAUAAGGUACGGAUUGUUUCUGUGCUGUUUGUAAAUGUAGAUUUUCUUCGAAUAUUGCUAAAUCAUGUCCUGCGGUAUCCCUGUAUUGCAGCACUGUUUUCGUGGCAUUCUAGCUUCCCAUUUUUAAAAAUGGCCGAUUUUUGUUUUCAUCGCCGAAGUCCCACGGCAAAUAUAUAUAACUAGAGAUGAAAUUAUUCGCAGUAGGCCAAAUGUUAUUGUGCACAGACUUAAAAGUUUCUUGGUGGUUCAUACAAACAAGUGAAUGCUCAGUAACCUUUUCCUUACAUAAAUCAAAACAUUAAACUGGAGUAGGGAUAAAUAACUUCAGCAUUUUUAUUUACAAUUCAAAUACAUUUGUUCUUAACAAAUGCAUCUGUUUAUUUGCGUGUCACAUUCUCUUAAAUUUAUGAGGAACUAUUGAACACUUUUAUGUUGUGUGGCAUAAUGCCUAAUAUGUGGUUGUAAUGAGGAACAACAGGUAUAUUUUAUACACAGAAUGAAAGAAAAAGGCAUAAGAUGUUUCUGAAAUGUGUAUAUUAAUUAAUUUAAUAGUAAUUAUUCAUUACUUUUGAAUGGCUCGUGAUGGUUAAAUGUUCAUGCAGAGUGCCAUGCUAUUUAAUGUGUAUAUUCUCAUUAUGAGUUUGCAGAGCAAGGAGUGCUGAUUUUGGUUAUUUUAAUUGUUCUUUGUUAUCAAAUUUGUAUUGUGAUAUUAAUUAUCUUUGUUCAGAAGUAUUAUGCAUAUUAUUUAAAUAUAUAUUCUAAUAUUAUUUUAAUGUUAUGCUAGAUUAUCGGGUCUAAUUUUCAUAAUCGUAUUAAAUAAGAUUUUAUAUUGUUGACUAAUGUCUUCUUACAGGUCAUUGAAAGAAAUCUGAAGAGGUUUGUGUCUUGUACUGUUGUGUUAAAUAUGUUUUCUCACAUCUGUGCAUUCCAGUCUUAAAAUCACACUCAUUAAGGAUGGAGUUAGAGAUAUAUUUUGUUAAAUAGCUAACCAAGAUCUUAUUGAUAUUUCAUAUCAUUUAUUAGUAUGCUGGAUGUUACAAACUAUGCUUGAUGAGUCAACUCUCGGUAAUUAUUGUUAGUGACAACAUAUUAAACAUAUUUCAGUGUGCAGUAUCUCAUGUUUUUGUUGCCAUUGUGAGCAUUAUUGCAUAAUUUUUCUGGAAGUAAUUUUGAAACAGUAGGGUUGAGUUAGAAUGACUGUAGAUAGUCAUAAAGAUUUGAAAACUAAACUUUAUUGCUUUAGAGCUAACUUUGUAAUGUGAUGUAAAUGCUUUUGAAUGUUUCCUGAUGGAGUUAAUAAUUUUGCUGGAAGGUAGUGGCACUGAAUCUGCAUAUAAACAAUGUGUUUAAUCAUCUUAAUGAUAAAUACUUUGAUAUAUUAAUCAAGAGAUCUUGUAAAGCUAUACUUGCUUAUUGACAGAAUUACUUAUGUGGUUUCUGUAGUGAUAACAUUCAUUUCAAGAAAUAUUGAGGUUAUGUUUGUUCAACAUGCUCUGUAUUAUAUUUACAAAUUUUUCAGCAGUUCUAUUGGCUGAUUUCAUGUCUGUGGUAGAAUGAAGGUUAGGGCUGUGCAGUUAGUAAAGUAAUGUUAAGUUACUUUUACUUUAUGACACCAAAACUUUAAUGUAAAGUAAUGUAUUAGGGGCACAGCAUGCUUGCCAUUCAAGAGCAUGGUAUUUUAUUUUAUCUGUUGUAUGUAGCAGUUCUUUGGAUACUUUCCAUGUAACAAAACUUUCAGAUUUUCUACCAUUAUAUUCAGCGUAAAAUAUGAAAAACUUCCCACCUAUUCUGAAGUAAAGAAAUGUAGAGAGACUUACAUACUGGCACUUUGUAAAAGGUAAUUAAAUCUGCAGUAUUUUAUUCAUAAUUUUUUUAAAGAAAACAUUUGUAUCUGUUUAUGUUUCGUCUAUUGUUCCAGCUUUUCUGUUGAAUGAUAAUUAUUUUCUAAAUAUGAUGACAUCUUAAUCCUGACUUUUAAUUAAUUUUUAUGUAAUAAGUCAUCCGUUAACAGUAAUGAAGUCCGACAGAUCAACAGCUGUUCGUAUUUUAUAGCAUCUCUUAAAGGGGAAAGGCUAUUAAAAUCUAUGUGCAGAUACCCAUACCAGAAUCGAGGUGAAAGAACAUGAAUUAUUUUUCUCUCCAGAAAUCAGUAUGUUUAGAUGUGCCGUAUACUAGUACUCUAACUAAAAUCUCAGAAAUUACUUCUCUCAGAUCCCAGGAACCACAUGUAUUAAUGAUGAUAUAUUGAAUGAAUGUAGUUAUUUAUUAUUCAUCCACGUUAUGUAAAAUGGGUUACGCUGUUUUGUGCUGCAAGAUGCUUUAUGUAAUUGAUCCAUAGGCAUAUUGUGUAGGCAGUUUUUCACAGUUGUGUGAACUUUACAAAGUAGGUAAGGUCCUCUUUAUUUAUUUAGGUUCUUCUAAAUUAUAAUCUCAUACUUUCCGGAUAAUAUUUCUUAAUAAUAUCUUAUAUCAGCCAUUUUCUACAUUAACUAUCUGAACAGAGAAGUUUUAAACUGGUUAAGUGAUGCUUGGAAUUCAUACUGAUUCUGUUCUUGCAGAAGGUUUAAACAAACUUUGGGUUGCUAAUAAAGACUGAUAAUUCUAUUGAGUAAUGUGUAGCAGAUAGUUAAAUAGUUUUUAGAAUGAUCGUUAUUGAUUGGUAUACAGUCAUACUCAGAUUUAUGGUACGCUCAGAUACGUAUCUCAAAAAUCAGGAAUUUGACAUCUCUGGGUUCUAGUGUUUGUUGUCUUUUUGAGUUUGCAAGUCCUGCAGAUAUAAAUCUGACGGGCGUUCACUACAGUCACUCACUCACAGGCUGACUGACGCUCUGUGCGGGCGGGAAAAAUUCACGAAUGCGCAUGAAAGUCCCCUACAACCUCCCACCGGAGGACACCUCCCGUGCUUCAUUUGUUUCCGUGGGAAAAAUUAAGGUCCGAUACUCUUUGAACAGACCUCGUAUAUUCAGUUGUAAGAGUGUUACGGUUCAUAAUGUUUUAUCAUAAUCUUUAUUUUCACAAUAUUUAUUGUUUCAGAAGUGCUUAGUAGCAUUUCACUUCUACAACUCAUUUAUUAACAUUCUGUACAUAGUGAAUGGCAUCGUAACUUUACAGUUGCUUCUCUUUUGUGUUUUGGAAAUUACAAAUUAAAAUUUCCAGUUGACCUAGUACCUGAAAGAUCUUUUUCAGAAGACAUUACUACCAUGAAGCUGUGACAGACCAGCAAGCCAGCUGUGUAGUUUGAACCUGUUUUCUUGAAAAACAGCUUAGUGCAUAAAAGAUAAACUGGUUUUUUAGUUUUUAUUGCUGGUCUUUUGGGUUUUAAUGCCAUGUGGAUUUGUAGGUAGAUACCAACCUUUUAGAAAAGCAUCUUCGGCUAUUCUGUUUCUUUGUGGUUUAUUUAACAGUGUCGUCAAUAGCUCAUUCUGUGUAGUGUCGAAUGUUAGAAUGAUUAAUUAAUGUUGAAGUUAACGUAGAAUAUGGAAGGAAGUGGUCAUGGUCUAAUUUAAGGCACUAUCUUACCAUUUUUGUGGAGGGAAUGAGAAAAACCUUGAAAUGAAGAAGAAAUAUGAAAUAGGAAUGCUAACCACUCAGUCGUGACAUUCAUGUCAUGUACAGUGGAGUGAAAUCUGUUACAUUUGACUGGUUGAUACAACUAGUUAGCUAGUUUAUGUUGACACUUUCAUUCCCAAUAAGUUUAAUGAUGUGUUUUGUUACAUGAUGCGUCUAUGAAAACAUUGACACACUAUGCCUAUGUAUUAAUUUUAGUUUUCAUUACUGCUAUUGAUAUGUUAUAUUUUUAUGACAGUCAAGUCCUGUUAUUUGCUACUUAUUUAAAAUACGUUUUCAUAGAAAAUAUGAAUUGUAUACAGUUACAGUAAGUGUUUAUUUCAGGUUUGGGCCCCAGGUGUUUUAAUUUUGAUUCUAAGUACAGAUUAACGUAAGAAUCAUCACAAUGUCUCUACUUUGUUUCAAGGUCAUGCCACAUUUAUAUUCACUGCAGCAGCAAAUCGAAACCAGUAAUUUUCAGUACAGUUACUGUAAUUUUGAAGAAAGAAAUGAAUUAAUCUCUGCCCAAUGCUAACACUUUGUGAAUAGAUUAAAACUAUUUAAAAGUUGUUUUAUUGUGAAGUUACCAUCAGAUAAUAGUUGUAGGAAGAGAGUGCUUGCUUUCUUGUUCAUGUGAAUCAAAUAACUAGUCACUUCCUCUUAUCUAGAUGCUGAUCUUAACUUGGUGAUCUAAUGCUGUCUGUACUUCAUAUUGUGAUUACAUCUUAAAUAUGCAGUUAUGUACUGCGCGAUGUGAUAUGACUCCCGUGGAGCCUGCUGUUUCGUUACUUAUAUUUUUAUUUUACGUUUUUCAGUCAAAUCCCAUACAAUAUGCUUCUCACUAAUAACAGCUUUACAUCAUGCAUGGAACACUGAUGUUCCAAUUUCAUAACAUUUUUAUGGUUUUCUCUUCAGUAUAGUCUUAUUUGAAGUCAACUAUGGCAGCUACUUUAUUUAUUUAAACAUAAAAUAUAUUUCUAAUCCUUUAUCUUUUUAAAAAUCAAUGUUUUGUAAUUAAAAAGUGAAAGCAUUUAACUCUAUCAUAAAUAUUAGGAGAAACUUGGCAAAGUAAAUAUAUUUGUAUUAAUAUUUUUUCAUUGUGUGUCUAGAUUAUUUGUUUAUUGAUUAAUGUCUCAUGUCUCAACUAAUUCAUAUGCUACUGAUUUUUGGUUAGACAAAACUGAGACAUUAAUCAUUGACCGUAAGAAUUAUGUUGAGAAUUGUUCAUAAAUCAUCAAAAGUAACUCUGCUUUUUAUAUUUGUGAGUUUCAUAUGAUUCUCAGUGUAAACAGAUAAUUUCCAUAAACAGCAUUAACCAGUUGAUCUGAUGGAGAUGUGUUGUACUACACUUUUGGGGGGUGUGGACUGAAUUCUUUCACAAAGUUUUUACUGAUUUUGAAUGAAAUAAGAAAGGCUGUUUUGUAUGAACAAAGAUUUGUUUGCUGUUACAUUAUUUUUCUGUAUGUACUCUUCCUCGUGGUUUGAGUCUAAGUGGGACAGGUGUUUUUCUCUUUACUACCAUAUCCAGAAUGGCUUUCAUGCCCAUCCAGUCUUCUCUUCAGUGGUUUCUGAGGAGUACAGCAUUAUGCUGACCAUUCAUCUCCAUCUAGUGCCAUGAUUAAAAAUGCAUGAAGCUUUAUGUCCAGUCCAGUCCAUCAUACAUCUCAGUGGGCUUAAGCACAGAGACAACUUCAUCUUUACGUUUACACGUAGAUUUCUAAACAUCAAACUAUUUAUUAAAUUUGGCUAAAAACUGCAUCAAGUCCUUUUCAUAACUUUACAUGUCAUUCGUUUGAUGCAGAGUAGCUCUGUCAGUGUAGUGUCUCACUACAGAAUUGACAACCAGGGUUCGAUCCCUGGAAGAUGCAAAACAAAUUUCUUCUAGCCUUUGAAUCCAGAUCAGCCCUGGGGCCCACCCGGCCUCCUAUCCAAAAUACUGGGGGUUCUUUCCAAGGGGGUGAAGUGCAGCUGGGGCUUGAUGCUGACCACUCAUGUCCAUGUAGUGCUGAGGUCAAAAAUGAGUAGUUUCUAACCCCCCUCCUCCCCAAAGAGCCUUCAUGGUGUGUAGCGGGACAGUUUUACUUUUCUUAAGCACAGAUACUGUCCACAUAAUAGUGAAAAUCGAAGGAUUGGAGAUACUUUACCAUGUUCCUUGGUCUUCUUUCUUAACAGACACAUAUUAGAGGGAGUUUUUGUUGGAUUAAGCCGUACAUAAGUUUUGAGAUAACUGAUUUGGCAUUCAUUGUCACAUUUGCAGUCAUUAUGUUCACCCGGAGAAAGAAUGUUCAUUUACUUUAAUAGAUCUUAUACAUUGAGACAAUAUAAUCACUAAGUUCCUAACACCGUACUGCAGUAAUUCUAACACUGUUAAGGGUAACUUACAGAGUGCAGGUGAAAAUGCAGCCAUUAGUGCUUUACUGUUUUAUAAUCAUACAUUUCAUAUCCACAACCUUGCAAAUAACAGGCAAACAAUAUCCCAAUAGCUUUGCCCCUUUUCUAGGUUAUGUUCAUAUACAAAUCAUAAAAUUGCAUGUUAAUGUGAGUUGUACAGUAUUUUAAAAUUUAUAAUAUUUAUCAUUUUUUGAGAUCCAAAACUUGAUCUACCACAAUUCAUAAUUUAGAAGUUAAAAUGAUAUUGUUUUUAGUUUCCUUAUGACUAAAUAUAACUUUAUAAUCUGUAAGAUCUGAUAUUGUAGUGAACUGUAUAAACAUCUCGAAAGAUGUAUAAAUAUAAGACCGAGUAAAGGAAAUUAUAAUUGCUUUAUGUUGUUAUCAGAUUAGAAGACAGGCUUAAUUUAAUGUGUUUUUCCCAGACAUGAUCAGUGGAAAUAGCAAUUACUGUAUAAUGUAACAUGAUGUAUUUAUAGAUGUGUAAAAGUAUUCUGCUGCUCCAGUUUUGAAAUUUUACUUACAUCUCCCUUGUGAUUUGGUCUCCAGAUUUGUUUUGGUUAUAUAUAUUUACGUGGCUAGAUUCUAUUUACAUUUUAAUGCCAGCCAGAGACAUUGUUUCAGUAUUUCUUAGCAAGGAAGACCAAUUUCAGUAACUUUGCAUAUCAUAUAGAAUGUCACAUAAUCAUAAAAGUUUUUUUAUGUAGUAUAAUACAUAAAAUUAUAGUAAAGUUUUAUGUUCUGAAAUCUGAUGCUGUGAGUUAUAUAUAUCUUUAACUUGUUGGUGCAUUUUCUUCACUUACAGGUAGAAAUGGAUAGUUUAACGUGUGAGAAACACAUUCAGUUUUAUUUUAGUCUGUGUACUGAUACGCCAGUCACGAGAAACACCAGAGCCAAAAUUUGGUAAAUUUUGGCACAAAUGCGGUGUGCCGUUAUGUUGGAUAUUUUUAAUUACAAAGCAGUUGCUAUGAAAAGCAUGCUACUUAAAGUGCUUUUAUAUGUAGUGUUAUGUAUAUAGUAAAUUAAGUGAGGAUAACAUAUUUAAGUUAAAGAAAAGCAAAAGAUUACCAAGUUGAGCACUUUACUUAUCAUUGUAACUAUAAUUAAUACAUUAAGAUUGUACUCAGAUAUGAAUUAAUUUUUAAGUAUGAACAAGCCAUCACAAUCAACGCGUUCCCUACCUAACCUAUUUGUUUGUGUGCCAUAGAUGCCCAGCCUGUCUAUCAGUUGCAGCUUGUAUUGAAUGGCUGCUUUGUUACAGGCUUUCUGCUACGUGCCAUGUUGGUUGCAAAUUGACUGCAGAAUAAACGUGUACAGUCAUGGAAUUUCGAAUGACAGUAAAAUAGGCAAGAUUUCAGGUUUUCACAGUGGUGAGUAUGAAUAUGGCUGUCUUCUGGAAUGUCUGUGUAGUCUGAUAGAAAUUGACGAUCGGUUCACAGAUGCUUAAUAUCUCCUUCAUCGCCCUGAUGAUGGAGGCUGUAAGCAUGUCUGAAAUGUUGGUCACUUUCUAUUAGACUACAUGGCAUAACGUCCCAGUAAAACAAUUUUGUUGUCCAUAUUUAUAUUCAACACAAAUAAGCAAAUUUUUUAUUUUCAGUAGUCCAAAUUUUGAUGACUGUACCACUCUUGUUGGUAUGUAGAAAACGUGGCUUAUUUUAUAUAAUAUCUGCAUAUGUAGUCCACUGUAUGUUUCGUGAAUGAACUCUCGUGUUUUAAAGUUGAUCACUCUGUCCGUUUAAUUUAAUCCGAGAAAGAAAUAUCAGUGAUCAGUGGGAUGUCAUUAAAGUUUGGUAUACUAAAAAUUGUAAGAGAAAUAAAUUCCACUGAUCUCGUUAUGCAUAAAUUGGCAAGAUGUAUUAAAGUGAAUUGUCGAAUUCUCAAUUGUCUUAUGUACAUACUAAAAGCGUAAUAUUAUUGUACCAUAAUGAUAUAUAAUUCAGAAUGAAAAUAUUGCUGAUGAGUUUGAUAUUAAAUGUAAAGCUACAUUUCUUUAUAUGAAACUGAACUAGAUAUGGUAAGAGAUAUCCAACAUGACAGUAUGUGGUAAGCCUCUAGUGGUAGAAUACUCGGUAAUAAAAUAUUAUGUACUUCUUAGCUAAGUGUCUUACUCAUAUCAUAUAUCAAAUAGAUUGUGAUUCUUGCUGUUCCCACUGUGAUGAUAUAUAAAGGGAACAGAGGAUCACCAACAGGAGGUGAUAAACCUGUGAGAUUGAGUUAUCUGACGUCAUCCACCAGCCAUUGCAACAAGUUUUGAAUCAUUCACAGUUAGUUAUUGGUUAAAGUGAAAACAAUUCACUGCUGUUGGCAAUACUUGGUAAUAUUAAGUUUAAAUUGUAAAAUAAAUAGGCACUUGUCAACAUGUACUGUAUUGUUUUGCAUAAUCAUCAACUCUGAAUUUAAAAAUAAUAUAAAUAUAUAUAUAUAAAUUAUAAUUGAUUGCAUGGACAGAACAUUCUUAUAUAAAAUUUAUACAAACAGUUGUGUUCUUUUGCUUGUGACACUUGCCUCAUGUACAAAAUUACAUGUGUAUUUUACUCUUUUCUUACUCAAGAAUAAAUAAAAAAAUUGAAAGGAGAAGGGAAAUUGUUUAAAUAAUAUGAUAACAUUUUAUGCUUCACUAUAUGAUUCUCAUAUUCUUAAAUAUCAUGGACUACUUAACCUGCAAUAAAAUUUGGAAGACGAAACAUUUAUACAUUUUAUCAUCGUGAAAUAUUGAGGAUUAGACUUAAUUUAAUUGUUUCAUGUUAUGGAGGAAAAUUUAUUUCAAAGUUAAAGCAGUAACAGAAUUGCAAGUGUGGGACUGCCGUAGUUUUCUGCCAGCAGUACGUCAGUUGUGAAGAAUAAAUAUGUCAUCAAUCACUGAUUUCAUUUGUAUGUAAACAAUUUGAACAAAAACAAAUGUUGUCUAGGAAUUAAAUAGUAUUUUUCAUAUAUGUUUAUAUGACUUUUUUGACAUUCACUGAAAAAAAUGAACACAUUUGAAAUAUUUGUUUAACUGUGAUAUUCUUAGCGCAGGAAACGAAACACGUGGGCCGGUGGAACGUCAGUUAGCUGGUUCACGCAGGAAAGCUGAAGACAGGUAGAAAGAGGCAGUCAAAAUUGCCUGUAAUUUGUGCUACAAGCAACCACCUGACCUGACUACAGCUGAUAGAAAUACUUUGUAUCUUAUUACAUGUAUGUAGAGCAGAUAUAUUAUUAUAUAUAUUUGGUAGUUGUGUUACUGUUUUUGUUUCCAUUGUUGUUAUGUAAAUAAAUGUGCAAUAUAAUAAAUAUA